AUGAGCCGGAUAUUCAGAAGUGUUGUGCUGGCCAGACGCGCUGUUCACAAGGGCGCCGGUACACGGAAAACGCCUUUCGCGGGCGACGAAGUGCUCAUUCCGGACCAGCCCUAUAAUAGCAAGGUGAGAAGGACCGAUUUUCUGUGAAUUCGAUUCAUUUUUGCAGAUAGACGAGUCACUGCUGCCACGUGUUCCUCAGUUCGACGCCAAACUCAUCGCCCAUCUCGAACGACUUUCACUCGUUCGAUUCGAUUCCGAGCAAGCAGUUGCCAACCUCCGAAAUUCUGUCCGAAUGGCUCAGAGACUCGAAUUGAUUGAUGUGCAGGUUGGUUCCUUCUCCGGAGCAAGACCCAAUUCAUUGCUUUCAGGACGUCGAGCCGAUGCACACAGUUUGGGAAGAACAAGAAUGCCCAGUGUUCGAGGAUGAAGAGGGCGAACCGCUGCCGAUCGAAGAAGUAUUCCGGAAUGCGGCAGUUCGAUUCGACGAUUACUUUGUCACUCCGCCUGGCAAUGUUCCGCUGGAAUCGGAAGACGGACGGUUCGAUCUGAACGUCGUUAACGAAUGGGACACGAUCGGAAAGCCGGUGGCUCCGGAGGUGAAAAAGAGCAAGAGAGCAGAGGAAGCGAAUAAAUAG